AUGAACCUGACAGAGUUUAACCAGUCUGAUCGCUGUGAGCUUUUCUCCUGUCCAGAGAGAUCUGUAUCUCCUGCAGUUUAUAUCUUACUGUACGUGUGUUCAGCUGCUGUGGUUCUACUAACAGUGUGUGGAAAUCUGCUCAUCAUCAUCUCUGUUUUUCACUUCAAGCAGCUUCACACACCGACCAACAUGCUCGUGCUCUCUCUGGCUGUGUCGGAUUUCCUCAUUGGCGCUUUUGUAAUGCCGCUGAUGUUAAGCUGGACAAUCGAGUCGUGCUGGAUAUUUGGGAAAGGUGUCUGCAUUGGUUUUUUGUUGACUGCUGGUUUCCUCACAGUCUUGUCCAUCUAUAAUAUUGCUCUGAUUGCUGUGGAUCGGUAUUUGGCUCUCUCAAACCCAUUUCUCUACACAAACACAGUCUCUAGAAGGACUAUGUGUAUUGUGAUUUAUUCUAACUUGCUUGUGUGUGUGGUGUAUAACACAGCAUUCUGUUAUUUCAAUGGAACCUUCACAGGUUUUGUAAUGUGUGCUGGAGAGUGUGUUCUCUCUCUGAAUGAGGUUUGGUCUGUAAUUGAUCUUGUAUGUUCAUUUAUAUUUCCCUGUUCUGUCAUAAUCAUAUUGUAUACUCGAGUUUUUGUGAUUGCUAAGAAACAUGCCACUGCUAUCAGAGAGCUUAAUAAUCACACACGGCCUAAAACACAGAAAAUCACCUCACACUCGAUGAAAUCUGAGAGAAAAGCAGCUAAAGUCCUUGGCAUUUUAGUGGCUGUGUUUAUGGUGUGUUUACUUCCAUAUUGUAUAUACAGUUUAUUAGGCGAUGUUAUUGAACUACAGGCACAAACUAUUCAUAAAGUGUUAAUCAUGUUGUAUCUUAAUUCCACCAUUAAUCCAUUCAUUUAUGCUCUGUUUUAUUCAUGGUUUAGGAGGUGCAUUAAAUUAAUCAUAACUCUGCGUAUAUUUCAAACAGACUCUGCAUUAAUAAAUGUUCUUUCGUGA